AUGUUUAGAAUUGACUCGUAUUUAACUCCCAUCAUUCUCAGCUAUUUAGAUAAAUAUGUGAAAGAUGUUAGACCACAGGAUUUUCAAAUGUCCCUUUGGGAGGGCGAAGUUACGCUUCAAAAUAUUGAUUUGCGGUAAGAUGUACUGGAGCAAGAAUUGCAUCUUCCAUUUGAAAUUUUGUCUGGUCACAUUCACGAAUUGAAUAUACAGAUACCGUGGACAAAAAUUACGUCUGAACCAAUACGUAUAAGUAUUAGCACAAUCGAAUUUGUUUUGAAAGGUAAAACAGGGAAAUCCAAGUCUUGUAGAAGUAGCCUGUACACAAAACUGUGUACACAAACUGUGUCACCUCCAACGCCAAAAAACGAUGAAUCUGCAACGAUGCUUUCGACUUUAACUAUGAAAAUUGUCAAUAACAUUAGCGCUGAAUGCCAAAAUAUUAUAUUUAAAUAUAUUGAAGAUGAUAUUGUUUUUUCUAUGAACGUUCAAAAGUUUUGUUUUGGCGCAGCUAAUGACAAAUGGGAGUCAUCGUUCAUCGAUAUAAAUCUAACUAAGUUCUUAAGUCGCAAAAUGAUUACAACCUGCGAGUUAACUAUCUGUCUGGAUAAACGUAAUGCUGCCGAUGAAAUUGAAUGUUGUGAGGAGCCAAUGCUUAUAGGUUGUGUGUGGUACCCGUUGAAUAUCAAAAGUGCAUGCCUCGUUUUUAUUUAUCAGAUUGAUUUCCCUACUCACUUCUCUAUCAUCAUCAUUUUUAUUCGCAAACUUUUGCUCUAAUCGAGUUUUCAAAUUUUGCAUUUCAUUAUGAUGCCGCUUGAGCCCAUUCUCUAAUUCAUUUAGUUUAUUUUCUAAAGACAUAAAAUUCUGCUUUUUAUCUUCCUGUGGAGCCGCAAUGUGUAACCUAAUAUCUCUGUGAGCAUAUAGUACAUUUAUUCAAAUCAUAUGCUAUAAACUUUAACCGAAUUUACGUUCUGAAAAACGUCGCUUUAUAGCGUAUUAACCUUGUAAGGUAUUAAAAAUUUUAUAAUUUAUAAAUUAAAUUUAUGAAUUUUAAAAAAAAUCUUCAAUCAUUC